GUCACAACUACGUUAGCGGAAGUACUUAAGCGCUCCAGCAGACAUAUACGUUCUGUAAUUCUCGAUAUGAAGGGCAGCUCACGUUGGUAGAGUCCUGUAUUGUAAUUGUGUUAUAAGCGGCUAUACUACUAUGGAAGCAACACAAGCGGAGGAAAUUCACUUAAGACACGUGGAGACGGACGUGCUCAUCCCCAAAAUGAUGAGGGAGAAAGCCAAAGAACGCUGCGCUGACAGAGUUGAAGCUUUCAACCACUGUUGCAAAGAUUCAGGCUUCUUCAUGGUGUUCAAGUGUCGAGAGGAGAACGCUGCCCUGAAAGACUGCUUGACACAACACUACAAGGACCCUGACUUUUUUCAGAUGUGUAAGCAGGAAUACAUCCAGGAAAAAAUUGAGUUUGAGAGGACCGGGAUCCCUGCAAAGAACAGACGACAAAAGCUCCCAACAACCAUGUAACCACAACCCUGUGGAUGUUUGGAACAUGGAUGGGAAAAAAAACAACUUUAAUUUACAGUACUGAGAUGUAAAUGUGUCUUGGAAUUAAAUUACUCGAAGUUUGAGAGAUAUUUGAA